AUGGCUUUCUCUUUGCAAAUGAUGUCGUCUUCUUCUUCUUCCUCCUCUGUUCUCGGCCGUCGGGAAAAAGGGUCGGUAAGAUUUCCUAAUUAUAAGAUUCCUGAUUCCCGUUCCUAUCCUCGUUCCACAUGGUCCUUUAGGUUAAAUCCGGACAGCGUUCGUCCGAUGAUUUUGUCUUCGAGUAGACCAUGUUCUUCUUCUUCUUCAUCAUCUUCUUACUCUCCACCAAAAUCUUCAUCUUUUUCAUCAUCUCCAUGGCUGAUGCUGCCCCACUUAUUUGAAGCUGGCCCCACCACCACCAUGAAAUACAAAUUCUACAGCCUGGCCGAGAACAAAGUCGUAACCGUGGCCACCGAAUUCCCGGCGGCCGGCAGCGACCUGAUGGUGUUGAGGGGAUCCUCACACGGCUGGCUAGCUCUGCUCAACCCUCGCAAUUUCGACCUUUUCCUCUAUAACCCCAUCUCCCACCGCCGCAUCAACCUUCCCUCAGUUGGAAACUUGCCCAAUUACCCCACCCCACAGAGCUCGAGGGACCUGGAAAAGCUCAUCCUCUCCUGCUCCCCGGACGAAGAAGAAGAAGGCUGUCGGGCUGCAAUCAUAAACGAUAUGCAUGUGCUGGCUUUCUGCUGCCCGGGGCGCAGUGACAAGUGGACCCUGCUUGGCGAUCUUCGGUUUUGCUAUUAUGGGUUGGCCCCGUGGAAUUGGGAAUGGGAAGGGAAAUAUAUGGAUUGUGUCUACUCCUCGCAACAUCAAGCAUUAUUUGCCCUCACUGGUUGUGAUGAAGUGGAAUGUUGGGAUCUGCGGGACCCUUUGUCCCCGAGUGUGAUCAAGACUUACGAGAAAAAACCCCAGAAGAUGACGCAAAAGUUGCGGCCUCCCGGAGCCGAAAUGUUUAGGCAGUAUCUAGUGAUUGCAGGGCAGGAUCUUCUGGUGGUGUCUCAAUAUCUGAUGGAAAUUGGUGGCUCGUUUACUUUGUCUGAUGGCAAACACAAUCCUGAUUACAGCUACGUGACUGUUGAUUUCGAUGUUCAUAGAUAUGAUCCUGAGGAUGUGGAUCAUCCAAAGUAUGUGGAGGGCUCGUCCCUCGGUGGUUGGGCUAUUUUUGUCGGCUUCAGCAGCCACGCAAUUGCAUUGCCAGUGACUGACUUCCCGGAGCUCGAGCCUAACUCCAUUUACUUCACGGAUCCAACGUUGGUGACGCAAGUUGAGAAUUGCGUGUGUGGUGGCCAUGACAUCGGUAUCUUCAAUUAUGAGGAUAAGACUGUGUCGCGGUGCUAUUAUCCGAGUGAUGUUAGAAAGAUCUUCCCAGCGCCUAUGUGGUUCUUUCCUGACUCAAAAUUGAUUUGA